AGUGGCAACUAAUCGCUCCUCUGCGCCCGACAUCAGCAUUGCAUCUAUCUCUGAAUCAGGCGCAGUAUUAUCAAUGCGGAAUGCACAGGAAAGCUGUGCUGUACACUGAUACAAUGCAAGUGAGCGGAUUUGUUUGAUUCUAUGAAAACAUGGGUGAAAAUGACUAAAGAUUAUGCAACAUAUUAGUAAAUGCCGCAGGAGGGCACAGGCAAGACAAAAAAAUGAACUGUCAUCUGAAGGUUCCACUUGUGCUCCUGGAGGAGACCCAGGAAUUGAGAUCCAACACAAAAGGGGCCGUUGAGCGUCUCUACCUUGAUGCUGGGGACGGAACAGAUGGAGCUAUAAGGAGAAGGCGACACGGAAUGCAUCCAGAAGACGUUAUGUGGAACGUGCACCAGGGACGAGGUUAUUAAAGGUGCUGCUGGCAGCACAGGACUACACAGGAGAAUACAGAGCCGUCCUGCUAAUAACAAGGUCUUUGUGAGAUCUUCACUUGGGAGCGCAGGAUGGAUGGUACAGAGGAGAAAGCAGACGCUCCGGAUGACGAGAGCAAUCUAGAGGAUGACGAUUUCCUCUCCCAGCUCACCGAUGAAGAGAGAGAGUGUCUUCAAUACUUACUGGAGACCAUCGAAUCGCUGGACCAAGACCAGGAUGAAAAUGUUACUAUAAAUGAACAAGAUACCGGUGAACAUUUCAGAACCCCAAGAGAAGGCCUCCAAGAAAUUGAUAAAAAACUGAGGAGUUUGAGUGAAAGUGUCAAGGUAUCGGAUAAAACCGAACACGAUCCAACCUCAUCAAAGAUGAAGAUCAUAAAGUCUUUCUCGGAAGACUGUCCAGGGUUAUCCAUCACUGUCACUCCGGACACAAGCCAAAGGUCCACCAGCUCUCAUCCAAGCCAUCUGAGGAAGUUUGAUACCAUAAUGAGAUCAGGUGUCAACGUCCAGGAGCUAAGAGCUCGUUUUAUCCGGCAGCAAGGCAGUUCAACUUUUGAAGACCCUUCCAAGGGACCAGAAUUAUCAGCGGCUUCUAAACCGUUACCCCAGGUGCCCAAUAAUCAAAAGUCCGCUAGGCAGGAGGCAUUGCAAAAGUUGGGCUUAAUCAAAAGGAAUCAGAGCAACUCAAAUGCAGGUGAAAACUCCCCCGAAGGCCAGCAUGGUAUGGACCAAGACUCACCUGCAAAGAACUGUGAGAUAAACCAAAACCAUCCAAAAACAGGGACAGAUUUACCUCACUCUGUUGAAAGAAAACCAGGAGCUUUGGACAAAAUGUGGCCACCCUAAAGCUUGAGAGGACCUGCUUAUUAUUAUUUUAUUUUUUUAAAUUAUAAUCACCAAAUUGCCAUAUGGGUUCACCAGGGUGGAGCUUACAACUGAAUUCGACAGCAAAACACUUUGUAGCACUGAUUAAUUAUUUCCAUUCUUAUCAUUGUACUGGAUGUCAUAGAUUAUAUUGUAUCCAAGACCCAGGUUAUCAUUAAACGAAGGUUAAACCAAAACGGACAGAACUAGCUGGCCAUAACUUCUGAUCUACUCACCAAUACAAGUUACAGAAGAAUACAAAACUGCUUUUAAUUUAGGUUUGCAUGUAGAAAGUAUUGGUGUUAGAACAGUGAUUAAAGUGGAAAUAAACCAUUGCCCUUAUUUAUCAAUGAGUGAUACAUAUCACUGAGUGAUAAUUUGCACCAGCCAAUCCGCUCCUAACUGUCAUUUUUCAAACACAGCCUGUGACAUGGAAGGUAGGAGCUGAUUGGCUGGUGCAAUUUAUCACUCACAGUGAAAUGUAUCACUAAUUGAUAAUUAAGGGCAAAGGUUUAUACAAAUAUUCUAAUAUUCUGUGGAAGAGAUAUUUUAGUACAUUGGCAGUAUCCACCAAUUUGUCAGGUCUUAGGUAUCGCUGGCUGCAGUCCACAACAGUAAUGUCACAUGCUCUGUACAUAAACGAAGGCAGUAGGAAAUGAAGUUGUGACAUUCACAGCUGCUAACAGGUCACUUUAUUUAGUAUUUUAAGAAUGCGAGAAAGACUUUCACAAAAAUAUGCAGACGUCUACUGAACAACUUCAGGAUAAAGAUCUGGACUGACAGACUUCUUUUAACAUCCAAACACAACUAACCGCAGAGAAAAAUAUUUUGGCAGGGCUUCGUUCCACUUUAAGUCCAUACAGGUUCAUAAUUGCACUCUUCGCUCCGCUUGUGCUUGUCUACGAAACUGAAAUCAACCUAGAUUCUGAAUUUAUCUGUAGUCUGCUAAAGAGGAUCUCAACUUUUAAAGAAUUUAGGGGGACAUUUACUAAGCAGUGAUAAGAGCUGAGAAGUGAGCCAGUGGAGAAGUGGCCCCAUCAACCAAUCAGCAGCUCUGUAUCAUUUUAUAGUAUGCAACUUAUAGAUGUUACUUCAGUGCUGAUUGGUUGCCAUGGGCAGCUUCUCCACUGGCUCACUUCUCUGCUCUUAUUACUGCUUAGUACAUUUCCGCCUUAGGCUUCUCAGGACAAAUUUGGCUGCACUUUAACUCAAUUACCAGUAGUAGGCGCUGCAGAUUUCAUUAUAAGAAAACACAGGCAGCAGAAACCGUGAAUGCUGGAUUACUGUUACAAUAAGUAUCUCAUGGAACUUCCAUGGUAAGACUAUUUGCAAUAAAAUAUGAUCUAAUUAAGCCAAUUGAAAAAAAUAUAUAGAUAUAUCUCUAAUAAGUCAAUGGCCGAUUGAGCUUAAAUUCACUAAUGAUUUUAGGAUUAUUAAUAAAAGAUGAUUUAUUUUCAUUGA